UUCUGUAUCUAUAAAAUGGAGCUCCCAACCCAAAAGCCCAAGCCAAACCAAAAGAAUUCCUCCUCCUCACCAAACCGGGAGUCCCAACCCAAGGCAGCGGCAGCUCAUCACCGGCGCGCGAUGGCGGCAGCAGCUGUAACUCCAGGAGGCACGGGCGGCACCGCUGCGGCGACAAGCCGGUUCGCGGCGGCCUGCGGGGCUCUCAGCCACUACGUCAAGCAAGCGGCCGAAGCCGAGAGGAAGCACGCGAGGCCGGCAGCCGUGCCCGUGCGGCCUCUCCCGCUGAUGCCGGGCGCCGACGUCUCCGACUACUGCAGCCGCGACGGCGGCCUGGACCAUCUGGCUCAAGCGGCGCAGAUGAUGACCAUCGUGUACGGAGGGCGCGUGCUGGUGCUCGACGACGUCCCAGCGGACAAGGCGGCGGGCCUGCUUCGCCUCGCCGCCGCCGCCACCGGCGCAGCAGCAGCGCAAGAAGGUGCAGGUACAGAGGCGACGGGCGGUGCCAUGCGCGGCGGCGGGCAGGUCUCGGCCGCCGCCGACCUGCCAGUGGCGAGGAAGGCGUCGCUGCAGCGGUUCAUGGAGAAGCGCAAGGUCCGGGUCGCCGCCGCGCGCACGGAGCCGUACCGGCGGCCCGACGCCAGCGAUGCCUACUGCCCUGACCACCUCAAGCUCGCGCUCUGAUUCCAGUUAGUUCGGUGUUGUUGCUAUGCAGUUUCUAAUUAAUGUGUACUUAGGCGAGGAAUAGGAUUAGAGAUAUUAUUAUAGGAAGAGUCGAAGAGAGUACUUGGAUUAAUGGAUUGUACAGAGAAACUGGUAAACAUGUGGGGCGGCGUACUGAAUGAAAGCCAGAAUUGAACAAAGUUUGGAAACAGAUUCGCUGUGCUGUGCGUGCACAAUUCCUGAA